AUGCGGUCCUUCCUCAUUGCUGCGUACGCCGCUGCCGCCUGUACUCAGAGUGUGGCUGCGUGGGGCACACUCGGCCAUCAAACCGUUGGCUACGUCGCCCAAGAGUUCCUCGCGCCGAAGGCUUUGGCCUUCGUCAAGUCCUCUCUCGGCACCACGUACAACCAGUCGCUCGGCGCGGCUGCAUCGUGGGCAGAUAGCGUCAGGUCUCUGGCCGCAUACAGAUGGUCGGCACCGUUCCACUUUGUCGACGCUGAAGACUCUCCUCUGUCCGGAUCGUGCUCCGUCCAGGAGACGCGCGACUGCGGCUCCGGAGGUUGCAUUCUGACUGCAAUUGCAAACUACACCACCCGCGUAGCGCAGACCUCCCUCAGCGCAACCCAAAGGCAGGAGGCGCUCAAGUUCCUUGACCAUUUCCUCGGAGACAUCGGACAACCUCUUCAUGUCGAGGCAUAUGAAGUCGGCGGUAAUGAUAUUUCAGCCAAGUGCUCCGGGAAGACCACCAACCUACACGCUGUACCUAAAUGUAACCCAGACACCGGCAUGGUGAGCAAGAACAUCGACGACAACCACGGUGGCACGGUCACGACCUACGCUGCGGACCUCGUCACCAAGAUCAAGAAGGGCACGUUCAAGUCGCUCACAUCCGACUGGCUGAGCUGCACAUCCGUCACGAAGCCUGCUUCGAAGCGCUUCUUCCUUUCCGACGCUCCGCGCGACGUCGAGGAGGAUCUGCAUCGUAUGUUCGCGCGCGCGGAGGAUGUCUCGGAAGCGAGCGUCACGCCGCUCGCGUGCCCACUUGUUUGGGCGAAAGAGUCCAACUCGUACUGCUGCUCGACCGUGUUCACAUAUACGACGGGCCAGGAUUUGUGCACGACCAGCUACUUCACGAAGGCGGUCCCGGUUAUCGACCUCCAGAUCGCCAAGCAAGGUUACCGCCUCGCGGCUUGGCUGAACGUCAUCUUCGAUGGCGCUACGAACCUGCCUUGA